AUGUAAAUGAAGUAAAUGCUGAAUUCUUAGUAUGUUUGACUAUCAUACUAGUGUUUCCUGUUUGUUAGGAAAAACGGAGAUUCUAACAUUCUUUGGAGCUUUACUGGAAGCCAAACUGUUAAAGGGCACAGAUAUCCAAUAUAAGUUUUCUCAUUUUGGUAACUGCAGCUGAUUUGAAUGAGCCGUAUGGCAGGUGGAUUUCACAGCAUAUACAAUUUACUGUCUUUGUUUUAUCAAGGCCUUAAGUGUAUGUUUUGUACUAACCAGAUGGGAAACACAUUGAGCACUGUGUUUGACAUGUAUGCCUAAGGAAAAACAACAACAACAACAACAACAACAAACUCCCUGAUGGAUCAUGGCGUUAAUGUUUACAGGACAUUUCUUAUUUUUAGCAUUAGUGAUGUUUGGUUUCUCUACUUUUGAGGAAUCUGUGAGCAAUUACUCCGAAUGGGCAGUGUUCACCGAUGAAAUCAAUCAGUUUGAAACCCAGAAAGUACAAGAUUUCAGACCCAACCAAAGGCCGAAGAAAAGUAUGCUUCAUCCAAGUUUAUACUUUGAUGCUGGAGAAAUCCAAGCAAUGAGGCAGAAGUCUCGUACGAGCCAUUUACAGUUGUUUCGAGCGAUCAGAAGUGCAGUGACGGUUAUGCUGUCUAAUCCAACAUACUACCUACCUCCACCCAAGCAUGCUGAUUUUGCUGCUAAGUGGAAUGAAAUCUAUGGCAACAAUCUGCCUCCAUUAGCAUUGUACUGUUUGUUGUGCCCAGAAGACAAAGUCGCCUUUGAAUUUGUCUUGGAAUAUAUGGACAGGAUGGUUGCUUAUAAGGACUGGCUGGUUGAGAAUGCCCCAGGGGAUGAAGUUCCAGUUGGCCAUUCUUUAACAGGUUUUGCCACUGCCUUUGACUUUUUAUAUAACUUAUUAGAUAAUCAUCGAAGACAGAAAUAUCUGGAAAAAAUCUGGGUUGUUACUGAGGAAAUGUAUGAGUAUUCCAAGGUCCGCUCCUGGGGCAAACAACUUCUUCAUAACCACCAAGCUACUAAUAUGAUGGCGUUACUCACUGGGGCCUUGGUGACUGGGGCAGACAAAGGAUCUAAAGCAAAUAUAUGGAAGCAGAUUGUAGUAGAUGUGAUGGAAAAGACAAUGUUUCUGUUGAAUCAUAUUGUUGAUGGUUCUUUGGAUGAAGGUGUGGCCUAUGGAAGCUAUACAUCCAAAUCAGUCACACAGUAUGUUUUUCUGGCCCAGCGCCAUUUUAAUAUCAACAACUUGGAGAAUAACUGGUUAAAAAUGCACUUUUGGUUCUAUUAUGCCACGCUUUUACCAGGCUUCCAAAGAACUGUGGGUAUAGCAGACUCCAAUUACAAUUGGUUUUAUGGUCCAGAAAGUCAGUUAGUUUUCUUGGAUAAGUUCGUCUUAAAGAAUGGAGCUGGAAACUGGUUAGCCCAACAAAUUAGAAAGUACCGACCUAAAGAUGGCCCAAUGGUUCCCUCCACUGCUCAGAGAUGGAGUACUCUUCAUACUGAAUACAUUUGGUAUGAUCCCCAACUAACCCCACAGCCUCCUGCUGACUAUGGUACUGCGAAAAUGCACAUAUUCCCUAACUGGGGUGUUGUUACGUAUGGGGCUGGCUUGCCAUAUACCCAGGCCAAUACCUUUGUGUCUUUUAAAUCGGGGAAGCUGGGAGGGCGUGCUGUCUAUGACAUAGUUCACUUUCAGCCAUACUCCUGGAUUGAUGGCUGGAGAAGCUUUAAUCCAGGACAUGAACAUCCGGAUCAGAACUCAUUUACUUUUGCCCCAAAUGGGCAAGUCUUUGUUUCCGAAGCUCUUUAUGGACCCAAGUUGAGCCACCUUAACAAUGUGCUAGUGUUUGCUCCGUCACCUUCGAGCCAGUGUAAUAAGCCCUGGGAGGGCCAGCUAGGAGAAUGUGCACAGUGGCUCAGGUGGACAGGUGAGGAGGUUGGUGACGCCGCUGGGGAGAUCAUCACUGCCUCUCAACAUGGGGAAAGGAUGUUUGUGAGUGGGGAGGCAGUGUCGGCGUAUUCGUCAGCAAUGAAACUCAAAAGUGUGUAUCGGGCUUUGCUUCUCUUAAACUCCCAGACACUGCUCGUUGUUGAUCACAUUGAUAAGCACGAAGAUUCCCCGAUCAGUUCUGUCAGUGCCUUCUUUCAUAAUCUGGAUAUUGAUUUUAAGUACAUCUCGUAUAGAUUUAUGAACAGAUACAAUGGCGCUAUGAUGGAUGUGUGGGAUGCCCACUACAAAAUGUUUUGGUUUGAUCAUCAUGGCCAUAGUCCCAUGGCUAGUAUUCAGGAAGCCGAACAAGCUGCCGAAUUUAAGAAACGGUGGACUCAAUUUGUUAAUGUUACAUUUCCAAUGCAAUCCACAAGCAUGAGGAUUGCAUAUGUCUUCUAUGGGCCAUAUGUCAAUGUGUCCAGCUGCAGAUUUAUUGACAAUUCCCAAUCGGGGCUUCAGAUAUCUCUUAAUGUCAAUAAUACUGAACAUGUUGUUUCCAUUGUCACUGACUACCAUGACCUGAAGACAAGGUUCAGUUACCUGGGAUUUGGUGGCUAUGCCACUGUGACUGAUCAGGGCCAAAUCACACGAUUUGGUUUGGGCACACAAACAGUAGGAAAGCCCAUAAGACAUGAUAGAGUUAUUUUCCCCUUUGGAUUUAAAUUUAAUAUAGCAGUUGGAUUGAUUUUGUGCAUUAGUCUGGUGAUCUUAGCUUUUCAGUGGCAGUUUUACAUUUCUUUUCGAAAGCUGAUGCGGUGGAUACUCCUCCUGGUGAUUGCCUUGUGGUUCAUUGAGCUCCUGGAUGUAUGGGGCACUUGCACUCAGCCCAUCUGUGCGAAAUGGACAAGGCCAGAGGCCAAGACCAGCAAGAAGUCCUUGUCAUCUGAAGAGCACUAUAUCCAUCUUCCCGAUGUUGUCAUUACCUCACUUCCUGGUUCAGGAGCUGAAAUUCUCAAGCAACUUUUCUUUAACAGCAGUGAUUUUCUUUACAUCAGGGUCCCUACAACCUACAUUGAUAUUCCUGAAACGGAGUUUGAGAUUGACUCAUUUGUAGAUGCCUGUGAGUGGAAGGCAUCAGAUGUCCGCAGUGGUCAUUUUCGUUUACUCCGAGGCUGGUUGCAGUCCUUAGUCCAAGACACAAAACUACAUUUGCAAAAUAUCCAUUUGCAUGAGCCCAGUAGGGGUAAACUGACCCAAUACUUUGCAGCCAACAAAGACAAAAAAAGAAAAUUGAGAAGGAGAGAGUCUUUGCAGGAACAAAGAACCAGAAUGAAAGGCACCUUUGACAGAGAUGCUGAAUAUGUUAGGGCAUUGAGGAGACACUUGGCCUUUUACCCAAGUGCACGACCUGUGCUGAGUUUAAGCAGUGGGAGCUGGACGUUAAAGCUUCCUUUUUUCCAAGAAGUGUUAGGGACGUCACUGAAGGCCUUGUAUGUUAUAAGGGACCCUCGGGCAUGGAUUUACUCAAUACUGUACAGUAGCAGACCAAGUCUUUACUCCUUGAAGAAUGUACCAGAGCACUUAUCUAAACUGUUUAAAAUAGAGGCUGGUAAAGGCAAAUGUAACUUAGAUUCGGGCUAUGCUUUUGAAUACGAAUCAUUGCGGAAAGAAUUAUCAAAAUCCAAUUCAAAUGCUGUCUCCUUGUUAUCUCAUCUCUGGCUAGCUAACACAGCAGCAGCCAUGAGAAUAAAUACAGAUUUGUUGGCUGCCAGCUACCAGUUAGUCAAGUUUGAAGAUAUUGUGCAUUUUCCUCAGAAAACUACUGAAAGGAUUUUUGCCUUUCUUGGAAUUCCUUUGUCUCCUGCUAGUUUAAACCAAAUAUUAUUUGCCACCUCCACGAACCUUUUCUACCUUCCCUAUGAAGGGGAAAUAUCGCCAACUAAUAUUAAUGUUUGGAAACAAAACUUGCCGAGAGAGGAAAUUAAAGUGAUUGAAAACAUCUGCUGGACCUUGAUGGCUCGUCUAGGAUAUCCAAAGUUUAUGAACUAG